AUGGCGGAUAGCGACGACGAUACGCUUGCAAGUUUUGGAACGCCGUUUGAGCCUUUAGAAGAAGACGCCCCUCGAAAAAAAGCUACCCCCAUUCACGAUCAAAUUGUUACAGAUACUGAAGGGAGAAGACGAUUUCAUGGCGCAUUCACGGGCGGUUUUUCAGCCGGAUAUUUUAACACGGUGGGGACGAAAGAGGGAUGGCAGCCCUCGACUUUUGUCUCUUCUCGCUCCAAAAAAGGCGAACAAAGACAGCAAAGGCCAGAGGAUUUAAUGGAUGAUGACGAUAUGGGAGAGUUCGGAAUCGCUCCCAAAAGAAUCGCAACCAAAGAACAGUUUUUGUCUUGGGAAAGAGGGCUUGAAAAUCGUCGCAAACGAAUGGUGACUUCUGAUGAUUCAGAGAGAGUUAUACCAGGGGUACCUCCACUACAGGAUCUAGUGGUGCCGGUGAAAAUGUCCGUGGGGGUUGAGCUGCUGAAGAAGAUGGGGUGGAAGGAAGGACAAGGAGUUGGACCACGUGAGCGAAGGGCAAGGAAAAAGGCUUUUGGUGUUGGUGCAUUUGAAGAGGCAGAUGACAACAUCUAUGCAGUAGAUCAAAUGUCUAAUUAUGACACUGAAUUAGGAGGGGAUACCAGCUCUGGACUACAUGGUUGGACUGGCCCUCAAAAAGAAAAUUCUAGAGGAGGCGCCUUGUCGAUUUUCACUACAAGACCAAAAGCCACGGAUGCACUCAAAACCUUUUCACCCCCGGUUGUCCCUCGUCAUUUUGAUUGUACCCACAAGUUCGACGAUUCCAAAACUGGUCAGAAAUCCUCCGAAGAAGGUCUGAACAAGAAGAAGGUUUUGACUGCGACGGAAAGAGGAGAAAUGCUGGGGGAAGAACCACUCCCGGCUCCAAAGAAAUCUGUGUUUGAGUUUCUUUCUGAAGAGGACAAGAAACGAGUGUUAUCUGCUUCGAAAAGUGAAAUAUCGAAGCCCUCCGGUAAAAUACCGUCGAAAGAAGCGAGUUCUUCAAGAAAUGAUUUCUCGCAAAAGAGUGCAUCCACUUUCAGAUGGUCUGGCCAUAGCAGUUUUAAACCGUUUGUCAAAGAUCCCACGAAACAGGCGCGCUAUGAAGAAUUUUUAAAAGGCAAACAAGGAGAGCAAGCUUCUCCACAGUUACAUGGCAGUGGCUUAACGGAGUGGGAAAGAGAACGCGAAAGGGAAGAAUUUUUCCGUUCUGCAUCCUUGUACAAACCAAUGAAUUCCACAAUGGCGGCCAGAUUUACGACUGCGAAACAGCCAGAUGAUCACAGAGUGGUGUACGAAGAAGUACCCGCUCAAGAAUCUGCAGAUUCUUCCGAGCAGGCACAGGCAGCUUCUAUGAAAAUGUUUGGAAAACUAACUCGUGAUAACUUCGAGUGGUAUCCUGAUAAUGUUUUAUGUAAAAGGUUCAAUAUUCCGAACCCCUAUCCGGAAUCCCGCGUCGUAGGGGUCCCGAAGGUACGAAAGCCGAAGUUCACACUCGGAGAUUUCAUUGUACCUCGAGAACCUCGUGCAGUUACUUUCGAGCACUCGACAUCUAGUGCUAACAAUGAUGACAAGUCCGGAAGCUCUACGGAAACGGUCAGUGGAAUAGAUCGUCAGCCGAAGCCUUCCGAUUUAAAGUCGGUUAGCUCUGAUACACUUACGAAAACAGCUAUUGCGCCUUCUAUAGUAAGAGCUUCAUCUAAUUCGGAUGUACUAGAUUUAAGAGAAUCAAACGAUAAAGCUCAUGAAGAAGAGAAUGGAGAGAAUUCUGUGCCAAAGCGGCCAGGUAUGGAUUUAUUCAAAGCUAUUUUCGCCGAUUCUUCUUCGGAUGAAUCCGAGGCGUCAAGCGAUGAGGACGAAGUCGGUAAAGAAAAGGGAGCCGAAGAUGUAUUGAUCACUACUUCGGAAAACAAAUCGCCUGAAGUGGCUUCGCGGAGCCAUGUCGAUGAAAGAACCAAAGAAAACAGUUCGAGAGAAAAUGUUUCAAAUGAUAAAACUUUAUAUAAAGAAUUGCGCAUCAAACCUAUUGAAAGAGAGGAACAUAGACCGUCUGAAAUGCAGAUUGUAUCCGUGAAAAACAACGAUAAAGAGAGAGCGGACACAUCUCCUGAAAGUUUCGGGCCGGCACUACCGCCCUCUCUCAACAAGACAACCUCUUCGUAUUCUUUCUCUGAAGAAAAACGUAACGUUGACCAUGAGAAAACUAAGGAAGACUCUGACCGAAGGAGACGCAACGAUAAAUACAAAGAAACAAAGAAGCGUUAUUCCGAAUCCUCAGACAGCGAGGAAGAAUAUCGGGAUAAACAUAAACCCAGACGUAAAUCGAAGAAAAAACACAAGCACAAACACAGAAGUAAACAUCGAUACGAAGAAAAGGAGAGACUUGAACCGAAAACGAAGAGAACGGACGAGUUAAGUAAACCUUUAGAACAAAGCCGCGAGUCGAACGAUAAACAGAUUCUUGAUAAGUUGAAGAAUCUUCAGAAUUUAAAAACGGGGAAGAGAAUGCGAGCUUCUGAUUUUAUGUAAAAGAGCAAUCCUUUUGUGUUCACCUAAAUGUAAUUUAAGAUUCUACCACUCCCCUGCCUAAAAUUUCGUUUUAAAGGUAGUAAAGACAUUUUGGUGGCGUCGAAUGACUUGCAAGGAGACGCCGCUAAGCACAAUGUCAAGAAAAAGUUGUUUUGCUCUUAAUCGAUCGAUUAAAAAAAAGGCUGAAAUAAGAUAUACUUUGCAAUGGAGGCGUUUCGUGUAGCACUCUCUAUCAAGCUGUAAGAGAUGAAGAAAACAUAUUUAUUUCUUCAAAAUUUCCGAAAAACAAAAUUUGAAUGUGUCUGUCACAGUGAUUGUAUGAAAUGCUUUAAGAUUUCCAUGAAAACUUGUGAGCAUUUAUUAAACCAUUGAAAGGUGAAUUUGGUUUCAUCAACUGAGAUAGUAAUAUAAAUCGGCCACCCUAUUGCGUUGCUAGCGUUAGUCCUUCGCUCUUAGAAUUUAAGAAAGGAAAAUCGCCUGUACGGUUUGUGAUUUAUGGUCACUCGUGAUGUUUUGAAAAGUUUUCAAAUUGCACUCGCCGGCAACAACUUACGCAAUAUUACGUAAGCUCAAAAACAUCAUCACUCGUAGCUACGCGUCACGAAAGUCGCUCGUGUUCCAUCUAUUUCUUACACUUAGAAGCCAAGGACACUUAGUGGCUCUUGCCGAAUUGACAAUAUUUAGUUGUAUAUUAGUCAGUGAAACAAACGCUUCGAAUCUUGACAUCAUCAAAUCUAUACAGCGCCAGAAUCCCCGAUCCAUGAGACUUAAAAUCUGCAUAAAAACAAGGCUAUACCAACCGCACUUUCGUAUGAUUCUACUGCUCUUCAAGCUAACCCAAAGAAAAUCAAAUAAGCUGUCAGCUGAUAACCCUUCUUUUUUUUAAAUAUUGAAGAAAAUAAAGUUUAUUUAGCAUUCAGUAAUUUUAUUUUACGUCAAGGUUUAAGUGGCAAGUCAACAUUAAAUCAAGUGGUGGUUAUUGGAACCAAAA